AUGACAUCGAUAGUGGCAUCCAUUCCCUUACUAUCGCACUGUGAAAAGAGCAAUGUGAAUAUUUUGUACGAUUCGCAGCCAUCCCGUUGGGAAAUUCAAGUUGCCCAAAGGAUAGAGGCUUUAGGGUUCCCCGUUCGUUGGUGCACGAUCUCCGAGUCACCUCCUACUAACGAAGACGUCAUUUCAUUCCUCGAUAUCGAAAGCCCAUAUCUGUAUACCCUUACGGAUACGCAGCUCGCGCAGCUUCAGCAGUAUCUUUCAUCUUGCACAUCUACCCGUGUUCUCUGGGUGACCCACAGCUCCCAGAUGCGGUGUCCAGAUCCGCGUUACGGGUUGACUCUGGGAUUCGCCCGGACAAUGCGUAUGGAAUACGAAAUGGACUUCGAUACAAUUGAAGUGGAAGAUUUCAAUGAAACCUCAGCGGAUGCCGUUGUUGAUAUCUACAUGAAGUUUCAACAGCAACGGUGUCGAAUGGAUACAACAGUGGACCACGAGUAUGCCGUCCAGAACGGGUUGAUUCAUAUUCCUCGGUACCACUGGAGUAAUUUGUCUGAGAACUUACUCGAAGACCCUUCUCCAGAAGCCCCAAAGACCCUCGCUGUCGAACACCCUGGAAUUCUGGACUCUUUGAAGUGGGUCGAGAAGGAUUUGAAUGCUAUGGGAGAAGAUGAGGUGGAUAUUGAUGUGAAAUUCGUGGGCCUCAACUUCCGCGACUUGAUGGUGAGCCUGGGCAUGUUGCAAGGUAACACCGAUAUGGGAUUGGAAGGUAGCGGUGUGGUUAGACGAGUCGGAAGUGGCGUUACACAUCUCCACGAGGGAGAUCAAGUAGUAUUUCUUACAUCGUCUGCUUUUAACACUCGUGUUGUUGUUCCAGGAGCUCUGGUCGUCGCGAUACCUGGGGAGCUCCAGUUGGAUCAAGCAGCUACCAUCGGAUGUGCAUAUACUACCGCAGCGUACUGUCUGCUAAAUGUUGGACGACUACAGAAGGAUCAGUCGGUGUUAAUUCACUCUGCCGCGGGUGGAGUUGGCAUCGCAUCCAUCAUGCUGUGCCAGGAGCUCGGUGUACAGAUUUAUGCUACGGUCGGCAAUCAAGAAAAGGCACAGUAUCUAACAGAAACCUUUGGAAUUCGGAAAGAACAUAUUUUCGAUUCUAGGAGUACUUCCUUUGCGACGAAUCUGCUAAAAAGAACCCGAGGCCGAGGUGUCGAUCUAGUGCUUAAUUCGCUAGCAGGAGAUCUCUUGCUUGCGUCCUGGGAAUGUGUUGCUGAAGGAGGCAUAAUGGUCGAAAUUGGUAAACGCGAUUUAAUGGGCCACGCUAUGUUGCCCAUGGACCGGUUCCUCGCCAACAGAUCCUUUGUGGGGGUGGACAUUCUUUCACUUACCAAAUCACGGCCCCAAGUCGUACUAGAGUGCUUGAAAACAGUUUCGACUCUUUUGGCCAAAAAGUCAAUUAAGCCUAUUCAGCCAAUGCGUAUCUUUGCAGCGGGUCAAAUUACUGAGGCAUUCAAGCAUAUGCAAGAAGGGAAACACAUGGGAAAGAUUGUGGUCGAAAUGCCGGAUGAUGCCAACAAACUUCCUUUGUCCAAGACCCCAGGGCAUAUCUCCUUCGCCAAUGACGGUGCCUAUCUUCUCGUUGGUGGUCUGGGCGGCCUAGGCCGUGCAGUAGCACAAUGGAUGGUUGAAAAUGGUGCUAAAUAUCUGGUCUUCCUCUCACGGAAUGCAGGCGCCAGGGAAGAUGACGCCAAGUUUGUCUAUGACCUCCAGCUUCAAGGAUGUAAUUCCAUCUUAAUCCAAGGAGAUGUUGCUAAGCUGGCCGAUGUCAAAAGAGCCGCUGGUGCCAGCUGUAAGCCCGUAAAGGGCGUCAUCCACAUGGCAAUGCUCAUGAAGGACUCUCCUUUCUUCAGCAUGACGCACGAGCAGUGGACGGGAGCCUUAGGUCCAAAAGUGCAAGGCGUGUGGAACUUGCACGAAGCCUUUUUGUCUGACCAGCUCGACUUUUUCCUCAUGUUCAGCUCAGUCGCAGCUGCAGCGGGCUCUGCUGGGCAAGCAAAUUAUACGGCGGCCAACACCUUCCUCGGUGCCUUCGCGCGUUAUCGCCAGUCUUUGGGCCUGACAGCAUCCGUUCUUGAUGUUGGUUGGAUCACCGAUGUUGGCUAUGUUAGCCAGCGGCCAGAACUCUUGGACAUGAUGCGGUCUAAAGGUUUUAUUCCGCUACGAGAGACUCAUCUUCUGACUGCCAUGCAAUUGCUCCUCUCUCCACCCAAAAUGGUUGAUGGGGUGCCGUCCAAGUUCAGAGAUGAGCACCACCUGUCUGUCGGGUUGGGUCUCCUAUGGGCACAGGCUUCCAAUGAUUUACGAUGCAAAGACGCCCGGUACCGUCAAGAUCCGUCGGCAAGAGCUACACGCCCUGAGCCAUUCUCUUCCAAUGAUAGCUCUAUCAAAGGUUUUCUUCAGGCCGUGGAGGAGAAUCCUGAGAUCUUGAAACUUGCACCCACUGUUGAUCUUCUUACUAAGGAAAUGGCCCUGUUGAUGGGGCCAUAUUCAGCCGCCGUGAAAAAUGACGAUUGGGCUGCUAUGUCCGAAAUUACGGUAGACUCGCUCGUAGCUGUGGAAGCUCGAGCAUGGUUGAAACGCAACCUCGAGGUGGAUCUUGGCCUUGUCGAUAUUGCAACGGCAGGUACUGUUCACGGCGUGGUCACUCUCACCAUGGCUGCACUGAGCCUGAAACAUGCUGUGAAACCGUGA